AUGGCCAGAGCUGCUUCCACCACUAAGACCACCAAGGCUACAACUGCCGCUAAAAAACCUGAACAUCCUCCAUAUGCUGAAUUGAUUAAAACUGGUAUUUUAUCAUUAAAAGAUCGUAAUGGUUCAUCUCGUCAAGCUUUGAAAAAAUACAUUAAAACUAAUUAUAAUAUUACUGCUGCAAACUUUGAUAGUUUAUUUAAUUCAGCUUUAAGAAGAGGUGUUGAAAAAGAAAUCUUUAUCCAACCAAAAGGUCCAUCAGGUCCAAUUAAAUUAAACAAAGAAGCUGCUGUUGCUGCUAAGAAAGCUGCUGCUAAACCAGCUGCUAAAAAAGCUACCACUACUGCUGCUCCAAAAAAAGCUGCUCCAAAGAAAGCUGCUACUACUACUGCUGCCCCAAAGAAAGCUACUAAAGCUACAGCUAGUAAAGUUACUAAAAAAGCUGCUCCAGCUAAAAAACCAACCCCAGCUAAAAAAGCUGCUGCACCAAAAAAGAAAGCUGCUGCUACUACAACUAAAAAAGCUGCUCCAGCUAAAAAAUCUGCUGGUAGACCAAAGAAAUAG